GUUACAGUGGUGAGAUGUUAUUGUAACCACCUGAAACGGAAUUAUUCGCCGAAUAGCGAAUGACGUACAAUAAUGCAAUGCUAAACUAUGCAUUUUACACCGGCGAGAGGUCUACGUUUAUACAGGUGUGUUACCUGUAGCUCCCACAGAAAAGGGGCUGGGUUUGUUUUCUCACUUUUCGACUCUUCCCGGAACAUAUUACAGACCGGUUUAUCACAUGUAUUAAUCUAUGGAUGCGAACGGAAAACCUUGGCGCAGAGGACAUGCCAGUCGCCUUCGCUAUGAACAUACCUCUUCGGAAAUUCCUCGACCAUCGUUUGUACCUCCUGUCAAUCCUAAAAUGGGUAUUGUUUAAUUAAAUUAAAGAGGAAUAUCCACGUUAGAAACUGUUUCCUGGUCAUACUAUACUGCGACUUUUUAUUACGAAUUUGAAGUGAUUGAAUGCGGAUGGUUUUCUUUGAAAUUGAGCACUGACGCAUUGAGGAGAAAGCGAACGGGAUUUCCCACCCGGCUGCGCUACUAGCAGAGUAGCAAGCUACAGCUUUGACGAACCACGAUGGCUGUAGUUCGGUUGGAAACAGGAGAUCAUCAACCAGAGAACGGCUUCUUGUCAUCAGAAACGACUUCCAAGGGGUUGCUGACACAAAUCGACGGUUCUGUUUUACCAUCUCUUGGGGGAUUUGGGAAAUACCAAAAACAACUUGUAGUGCUCACGUGUAUCCCAGUUUUAUUUCUCGGAUUUAGUCAGUUCUCCGAUUACUUCCUUUUAGCACAACCAGAUAGUACGUGUAUUCACCGGAGCACGAAUGUUGGGAAUACCAGUGCAAGUUCUCUGUCGUUUCAUGACUCGAACAGUCACACGACCGCUCCAUCUGUGCAUGGGACUGCUAAUGACUCCACAAGCAUCGACUGUUCGUGUUUGGAGUGGAACCACAAGCUACAAACAGGACUUGUACAAAAUGUGGUCACCAAGUGGAACUUGGUGUGUAAAUCCGAAUGGAAGGUCCACAUCGCUAAGUUUUCUUUGCUGGUGGGCUCCAUAUUUGGAUACUUGGUGUUGGGGGUCCUGGCAGACUGGUUCGGGCGUCAGCCGGUUCUGGUCACAUCAGUCAUUUUCAUGGUGUUGUUCGGGCUGACGGUGGCUUUCUCCAUCAACGUCCCCAUGUUCAGCACCCUGCGCUUCUUUGAGGGCUUCUGCCUGGCCGGCAUCACUCUUUCCCUGUAUGUGCUGAGGAUAGAGCUGUGUCUUCCGUUCUGGCGUUUUCGGGUCACCAUGGUGGCUAACUUUGUGGUUCUGGCGGGACAGCUGCUGAUGCCCGGUCUGGCCGCCCUGUGCAAGGACUGGCAGGUCCUCCAGGCCAUCAUCAUCUGCCCCUUCAUCCUCAUGGUGUCCUACUUCUGGAUCUUCCCGGAGUCCCUCCGCUGGCUCCUGUCCACGCAGCAGUACUUCCGCGCCCGGCGCCACAUGCACCGCGUCGCCCGGAAGAACCAGGUGUGCGAGACGGCCACUGACGAGCUCUUCUCAGAAAUCCAGAGGGAGAGCGAGAAGAAGCCCAAGAAGACGUGCAUCGUGAAGGUGGUGGGCACCAGGAACCUGUGGAAGAACAUCGUGGUGCUCUGCGUGAACUCGCUCACAGGGUAUGGGAUCCAUCACUGCUUUGCGCGCAGUAUGAUAGACCAGGAGGCGGGAGAGACCAGCAUGUUCCAUAACUUCCACGCGGAUUACUACACGAUGGCGGGCAUCGCGGUGGCGUCCUGCAUGGCGCUGUGCCCGGCGGUGGGGUUCAUGGGGCGGAAGGGCUGCCUGCUGAUGUUCAUGAUCAUCACCGCCCUGGCCUCUCUGCUGCAGCUGGGCCUGCUGACCUUGCUGGGGAAGUACAGUAUGAAGCUGAACAUAGAGCAAGAGCAGUCGGAGACUCUGAAUAAGAAGUUCUCCAUCGCGUUCUCCAUCAUCGGCAUGUUCUCCUCCCACGCCGUGAGCAACCUCAGCAUCUUCUUCUGCGCCGAGAUCACGCCCACUGUCAUCAGGGGCGGGGGGCUGGGUCUGGUGCUGGCCAGCGCUGGUUUCGGGAUGCUGACCGCUCCCAUCAUGGAGCUGCACAACCAGAAGGGCUACUUCCUGCACCACAUCAUCUUCGCCUGCUGCACCCUCAUCUGCAUCAUCUGCAUCCUGCUGCUCCCGGAGACGCGCUACAAGCCCCUCCCCGAAUUCAUCGGCGACGGUGACAGGCCCCCCAGCGCCCCGCUGACGGCCCCCAAAAAGGUGAGCGAGCAGGACCCCCUGCUGUACCGGCCCCCGGAGCAGGAGACCGCCCUGCAAGGAACGGAAGCUGUGGAAGGGCCGUCGACCAGCCUCGCAGACGCUCCGCCCCCCGCCGCCACGCAGGCCCCGCCCCCCUGCGUCAUAGAGAUCACGCCCCUCUGCACCACCGGGGCUCCGCCCCCCUUCGAAGUGGACACAGUUUGUCCCGUCGCUAUGGGCAACGCGCACCCCAAGAUUGCUGACACAAUCCCACCCACUCCUAUAGACAACACGCCCAGUACUCCAGACACAACAGCACCCUCUCCACCUGUCACUUCAGAAACAACACCAACAACACCACCCCUCACUUCAGAAACAACACCAACAACACCACCCCUCACUACAGAAACAACACCAACAACACCACCCCUCACUACAGAAACAACACCAACAACACCACCUGUUACUACAGAAACAACACCAACAACACCACCUGUUACUACAGAGACCACGCCAACAACACCACCCGUUACUACAGGGACCACGCCAACAAUACCACCCUUUACUACAGAGACCACGCCAACAACACCACCCUUUACUACAGAGGCCACGCCUAUAGCUCCUAGUAAUACAGAAACCGUAACAAUGCCUCCCUGUGCUAAGGAAGCAUCAUCCCCCACUGCUACAGACCCCAAAUCUCCCACUGCUACAGACCCCAAAUCUCCUACUGCUACAGACCCCAAAUCUCCCACUGCUACAGACCCCAAAUCUCCUAGUCCUACAGACCCCAAAACUCCCACUGCUACCGACCACAAAUCUCCCACUGCUACAGACCCCAAAUCUCCUACUGCUACAGACCCCAAAUCUCCCACUGCUACAGACCCCAAAUCUCCUAGUCCUACAGACCCCAAAACUCCCACUGCUACCGACCACAAAUCUCCCACUGCUACAGACCCGAAAUCUCCCACUGCUACAGACCCUAUAUCUCCCACUGCUACAGACACCAAAUCUCCCACUGACACAGACCCCAAAACUCCCACUGCGACUGACCCCAAAUCUCCCGCUACUACAGACUCCAAAUCUCCCACUGCUACAGACCUCAGAUCUCCCACUGCUACAGACCUCAAAUCUCCCACUGCUACAGACCUCAAAUCUCCCACUGGCACCGACCCCAAAUCUCCCACUGCUACAGACCCUAUAUCUCCCAGUGCUACAGACACUAAAUCUCCCACUGACACAGACCCUAAAACUCUUACUGCUACUGACCCAAAAUCUCCCACUGACACAGACCCCAAAUCUCCCAGUGACACAGACCCCAUAUCUCCUAGUGCUAUUGAUGUUGUUCUACCUGGUGCUACAGACUCUCCCACAACUCCUCCGGCCAACGGCACCACCACAGCCAGCACGGUGGGCACAGGCCCAGCCAACGGCUCGGCUAACGGAGUGAGGUCGUCCUGAUCCAGCCGUCCCGCUCCACAGCGGACCGGGCUUCCCCAGGGAGGCGGGGGGAGAACCCAGGCACCUCCGACAGGCGUCCGUCACCAGGAGGGGGGCGUGGCCUGUGCAGAAAGGCGACAGGCGACUUGCGACAGGAAGGCCCUCCCGUCACUUCCUGUGUCACUGGCUUCGGGCCGGUGUCGGGCGGGGACGCGGGCGCGGUGGCCCAGAGAUGAGCUACUCUGAAAGCCCUGAUGGAAUACACUGCCGUCACCAUCGGAUUCAGCGGACACCGAGCCAACAUUCGCUGACUUUUUCAGUAUUAAAUCUGAUGCAGUAUGACUUCCGUAGAGAAUUUCACCAUGUUCGUGGCGGGUUUUUUUUUGGUUUUUUUACCUUAAUGCAAAACUGAAUGAACAAAGAAGAAAAAAAGAAAAAAAUGAACUGGCUUUUCAAUAAUAACCCCCACAAAAGAAAAAAAUGUACAUGCUGCGUUAAUUUUCAAUUUAAUUUAUUUUUUUAAAGUGCCAUGUUAGAGAAAACUGAGUAUGGAUGUAUUGUUGUAAAGCCGAUAACAGUGUCAGUGAUCUUUAUGUCCCAAAACAUUAAAACCAAAACCGAAGUGUGUGAUUUUUAGGCCUGAGGAUUGUCAGCUCAGCAGUCUUGAGACCAAUUCAAAUCAAAACUGUGAAAGCACACAGAUCAGGCUUUAAAAAAAAUUAUAAUAAUCUUAAAAUCUAAAGAUUACACAGUGCACAUCAAACGGAUGUUUAACAGACUUCAUUACUCUUUCCCAUACAAAGAAUGGUUGAGUGUUUCAUCUCUAGAUGAAAAACGUUUUGACUUGUAAUCUGCUGUCAGAACACCUAAAACUUAAUCAUUCACAAAUAACAACAUUUGUCAUGAAGAUAUUCUGAAGCCAUCUGGUUGGCUUUUGAUCUGAACUUUUAAAGUUUAAAGUGAAUCUUUAGAGUUGUUGAUGCAGGACAUAGUCAGUAAAAUAUUGUGGGUGUAUGAAGUGAUUCCUAAAAGUAAAAUGCAUCAAUCAGAGCUUUUUACUUAGUCCUGGCCAAUGUUGGGAAGAAAGCAACACAGAGGCAUUACAGUAUAAACCCAAACAGCAGUAUGUUCUAUUUUAAUGCAUUCUGACAUUUUCUAAGCCCAACAGUCGUUUUUUGUGACAAAUCUUUUGGCUUUUCUUAUUUAACAUUCCUUGGGUUUUGCAUUGAAUUCUCAACAAGGACUAUUGUGCCCAAACAGAACCACAUUGUAGCCAUGCCGACACAGGUCUGAAAUGAAAUGACCCCUCUCGAGUCAGCAAAAUGGCGACAUUUUCACUUCCUGUACUUUCACGAUGGCAUGCUUUGUAAGCUAUGAAGAUGGGUUUUAAAAAAACUGUGUUACUAUACUGCGUGUGUCAAAAGACACACAACUUUUCACUCUCACAGUGCACUAUUUGUCCUAUACUGUAUGUAUGUGCACUGCGUGUGCAAAUGAUCGUGGUGAUACAUGUCCCAUUGUGCAACAAAUGAAUUGGAUCAUGUGUUCGUAUGCGUCAUCCAUUGCUUCUGUACAUCAUUCCCCUGACAUAAUAUUGGGAGCUAAACCCAUGUCAAACCUUCUGUGUGAUGAUGGGGUGCAGUUUGGAGCUACCGGUAUUGAAUAACAACAUCUUGAGCUUAGCUGUUAUUGUGCAGGUAUCAAGUAGCACCUCGGAUCGAGUUAGCCAGAGUUCUUAUGGGUGCAAUGCGUAAAAAUGCAUUAAAAAAGAAAAAAGAAAAAAACUAUCUAAGAAACAAAAACACAAAAUAUGUUCAAUUGCAAUUAUCCAAGAGUUAUGGGGCCCUAGUAUUAAUUUUGUUGGAUUGUGUCAUGUUUGAAUUGAAUUGGCACUUUAUCUGUGGAGACAGGGAUAAUCCAUGCAUACUGUAGGGACUGGGGACAUUUUGUUCCCGUUUGAAAAUGUAAAAGGUGGAAAAAAUAUGGAAUAUAUAUUUUUAAUAUAUGUCAACGUGUGUGUUAUAUGAUACAACUAUUAUAGCUGCUUUUGUAUAUAUGUAUCUUAUGAAUGUAUAACAGAAAAAAAUGUAAAAUGAUAUUAUAUUUUUGUAAAUAAUAUAAUACAUUCAUGACUAUAUGUAUUUAAGCAGCUAUAAUUGGUAUUUAUAAUCCAUGACUAAUUUUGACAUAUAUUUAUGAAAAUAUAUAUUCCUUAUAUUUAUAUUCCAUAUAUUGUGUUGGGCUGCUUAUUUAAUGAAAUUUUGAGAAUUGAUACAUUUUUCAUUGUAGUGAGUGAUGUUUAGAGUCAACUGAGGAGUAUAUUUGUAAUCAGCGAGAUGUGUCUGGUAUGAAUUUGUUCCUGUAGGGACAUUAUGUUGUUUGAUCUUGGCCAGGGGGGUGAGGGCGGUAAGCUCAGCCAGGGCCAGUGACUAUCAGUGGACACAAACAUAUUCAUUUAUCAUCCAAUAUAUCAACGGGAGGACACUGGAUCAGUCUAGUUAGUAAACCACUGUUUACAGAACUGCUCUUUAACAACGAUGUCGUACUGUAUGGAGUUCUUGUUUCAUUGUUAUUUUAUUUUAUUGGUCUUGGUAAAUUUGCAUCAUGUUUUAUCUAGUUGCUGCUUAGGCUGUUGUAACCAAGCUUGUGUUCAACGGUCAACAUUAAGGCCAGGCUCCUGGUCCUGUGUCCUGGAUCGGCACGCUGACCACAGCUUACUGUUGAAAGCAGUGGAUCACACUAUAAACUUACUUUUUUUUUUUUUUAAGAUUAAAAACCACCAAGUCCCUUGGCUAUCCAGGACUAUGGUUGGGGAACCCUGUGUUAAUGUACAUUCAACAGAGGUGCUGAUGGGAAAUGAAGUAAAAAAAGGAGAGGACAUGGACUUCACCUCCCAUGAGCACCCCUGAUGGGUCAAACCGCUUCUCUUCCAUGCCUACCAGAGUUACAGGUUAAUCAUUGGUUUAUCCAACUCAUGACAUCACACGGUAAAAUACCAAUCUAUGCCUUGUUGUUGGCUGAAGGGCAGUGAGUUUCACCUCUGUUUCCAAAUGUACAGUUUUUAGCCUGGAUUAGAUUAUUUUAGGUGUGAACAUGUUCGACUAACAUGUUUGAACUAAUCUCGAUGAUGAACAGCCUCAAAUUGUGUGCAGCAGUCCCAUUCAAAUCAAAUUUGAUUUUCUAUGUGCUUACAUUGCCAGGAUUGUUUUUGUUUCUGUAAAAUUGGGAAAUUAAUUUGAAAGCAGGAAUUGCUGGCAGUUUUUUUAAGUAUCAAAAUAUUUUGUAAAGACUUAGUUAGGAUAUGGGUGCGAGAACGAAUGCAGAUUACCAGGGGCUUUCGAUACCUGUCUGAAGUUUAAAGCUUGUGAGCUUGCCAAUUUUUAAGCAAUAUCAGAACACUGACAUGAGUGUUAGACUGAAUUUCAAAAGUUAGGUGGGGGGGUUAUUGGAGCAAUUUCCCAACGCUAAUUGACAUUUUCCCGUGAAUUUUAGUGAUGAUCAGUGAAAAUAACUUCCCUGGGCAUUGUGCAAAUAUUUCUGAAAAAAGCGCACACAGAUUUUCCAGGACCAGGAUUGGUAAAGCUGGUCGUACAGAAAUAAAUGGUACCUGCAUUCGGAUCAGUAACUCCCAGCGAGUUUAAUGGCUUGUGAGCAUGCAAUACAAAAACGAUGCUUCCACCAUUGUGUGGUAGGCCUACUCAUCGGGUUCAGAGUACCACGUAAAUGCACCGACGACGUUUAGCUACUUAAACUCGGUUAUUCACCCACAUUUUGUGUACGUCAUUUCACUUUAAAAUGUAAUGUGAUCUCCCCCACUUUCUUUUUAAAAUGGAACUAAGAGUGUGUGGGGGGUUUUGUAAAUACCUGGCUCUACUAUGGCGGCUCGUACGGUCUUCAAAAGAGCUUGAAACUUGAACUGGAAUGAUUCUCCGCUGUUCACUGUUCAGCGUAGCGAAACGGAACGGGGAGUGAAUGAAUGUGAAUUGCGUGUUGAUUGUCCCGGUUUUUAACGAUGCACUUGUACAUACGUCGCACAUCAUUGUAAUAAAGCUCUUUAUUUAUUGAUCACUUAAA